UGCUAGGUAUCUCCAUGAGGGUGACGUUGACGACAGACUUCUCAAGGGCCGAGGCCAUGUAUCAUGUGGAACAUUGCGGAGAUUUGCUCCGUGCUUCGGAUACUGGCGUACGUACGUACGUGUGUGCGAUGGAUAGUAAUAUUGAAAUGUUGAAACACGCGCGUGUUACGAUUUAUCAUAGCCUUUGAUGAACGCAGCUUCAAGUUUGAAAGCACGCCUGGACUCGAGUUGACUGUUCCAAACUGCGACUACCCACACCUUUCUCUUCCGCUAUGACCGUCGCUGCUAGACAGCAUGAGCUCCCCAUAUUUGCACGUCCUCCAAAGACGUGGGCCCAGACGUUCAACGGGUUGUUCUUCUUCGUAUUCUUCAUCCCAGGAUGUCUCAUGCUCCACGGAUUCCAACUUUUUAUUCUACUGCCCUUGAAGCUUUUCUCUUCAAGUCCACAGGCCUGGAAGUUAUAUGAGGAGGGGAUACGAUAUACGAAGGGUGCAUUUGCAACACUUAUGAAUUUGAUGAACCAAUGGUUCGCCCCGACACGCCUUUCCAUCACAUUCGAGCGGGUUGGACCAGGGAAAUUCUCAGAGGAUGAGAUCAAACAUAUCGUCGAACGCGAUGCGUCUGGUAGGGUGGUGGCUUUACGCUUACCGUCUAAAACGGUCGUCAUCGCGAACCACCAGGUCUACUCCGACUGGUGGUAUGUCUGGUGCCUCACCUACUUUAUGGGAACACACAAGGAUGUCUUCAUUGUACUGAAGAACAGUCUGAAAUGGGUUCCUCUCAUUGGACCAGCCAUGCAAAUAUUCAGAUUCAUCUUUCUAGCGCGUUCGUGGGCCUCUGAUAGAAUACAAUUGUCAUCAAAACUCGCAAAGCUCGGCCGACAAGCGGAACAAGAAGACAAGCCAUUCACAUUCAUACUAUUUCCAGAAGGCACCCUUGUGAGUAAAGAUACGCGGCCUAUCAGCAGGAAGUACGCAGACAAGCUUGGUGUUCCUGAUCCACUAAAUAUCUUGCUUCCUCGGUCGACGGGGCUUCAUUACUGUCUCCGCUCACUUGUGUCGCGCGUGCCAUCUUUGAAAUUGAUAGACAUUACGAUGGUAUAUCCAGGCAUACCACCAAAAGGAUACGGACAAUCUUUCUACACACUGCGCUCGAUAUUCUGCGACCGCGUACCUCCGCCUAUUAUCCACAUGCAUCUAAGAAUAUUUGACGUCGCAAAGGAUGUUCCCAUAGGAGACAUCUCAGGGACGAGUCCCGCUGUGACUCCCAACGGAACUAAUCACGAGCCUGUUGAAGUGGACUUUCCAGAACAAGAGAAGACCGUCUUUGAUGAAUGGCUCAGAAAGUUGUGGAUGGACAAGGAUGAAUUUAUCACGACGUUCCAUCACUCAGAUAGCUUCCCCUCUGGUCACCAUGGCGCUGUCGAAAUCCCACUGGAACUAGGGAGUAAACGGGAGAUACCAGUUGCUUUCUGUUUUUUUGUUCCAGUGGUAGCAUACGUAUUAUGGUCGAAGUUGGUACAGGUUCUUUUAUGACGGUUUGUUGUACUAUGUUGUAAUUUUCGGAGUUUUUGAUGUACUAAUACUUGACAAGUUCUGGGCCCGGGCUGGAUGAGGUGAGGUGAUAUAAAUAAUGAAGCGGGCAAAGCGGAGUGGUAAGUAUGGAGUCGCAGCUCAUUGCGGGCGUUGUGACUCUAUAGUUUUGAUGAU